UCGAUUCUUUUCCUAUCGCUUGUCGCUCGAUCCGCUGCACCAUGGAGCAGAGCGAGCGAGAGAACAUGGAGGAGCCCACCGUCUCCGGUCGCCGGGCUCGUAGCCGUGGCUCCGACUCCGCCGUCCGUUCUGCCGCCCUCGAGCGCCUCAAAGCCCUACGCAGCUCCGGUGGCCGACGUACUGAUGCCGGUGGUCUCCAGAUCAAGAUGGAGGCUCCCAUCUAUGACACGGUCGCCGAGGAGGACUACGCCGCCCUCGUCGCGCGCCGUCGGGAGGAGGCCCGCGGCUUUAUCGUCGACGACGACGGCCUCGGCUACACCGACGAGGGACAGGAGGAGGAUUGGUCCAACCCCAACCUCCCCUACUUCUCCGGUGACGAGGAGGACCUGUCGGGCGGCGAGGAGGAGCGGCCCAAGAAGCGGAAGGCGCCCAGGAAGGACCCUGCGCCUAAAAAGCCCCCGCCUUCCUCUCUCUCGGCGGCUGCGGCGAUGAUGGGCAAGCAACGCCUCUCUUCCAUGUUCACAUCCUCGGUCUUCAAGAAGAACGAUCGGACGAAGGGAUCCUCCUUGUCUUCUGACAGCAUCGUGGAUGAUGUAAUUGCCGAAUUUGCACCCGACGAGACCGACCGGGAGGAGAGGAGGCGGCGGAGCUUGGCAAGCGGAAUCCUUAACAUGCCUCGAACUGCUAUCUUGACACCACCGGUGGUCCAAAUUAAGGCUGAGCUGCCGCAGCCUGUCGUCAAUGAUCGUGUAGUCGAAUCUGGUAAGGCCAAGGAUGAGGAGGUAUUGGCUGAAUCAGAGUCGGGGCUUCAAGAAGAUGAUUAUAUGGGACAUGAAAAUCAUGUGGAUAUGGAAGCAAGAGAAGAGAAGGAUUUGGAUCACAGUGUUGAACCUGCUAUUGAUGGUGGUUUCAAUGAGGUAAAAUCUGAUGCUAAGAUGGAGGAGCCACAGAAUGAAAAGAGGCUUUCUCUUAAUGCAAAAAUUAAAGUGGAAAAUGAUGCUUCUGUGAUGAGUGCGACUGCUGGCUGGAGGGCUGUAUGUGGGGAAGAGGCACAUGCUGGGCCUGAAGCAGGGGUUAAUGAGUCAAAGGUCAAUGUUGACGCUGAUGAGAAGUCUGAGUUUACCCUGGAUACUGAUGGAUCUCUUCCUUUCUACAUAAUUGAUGCGCAUGAGGAGAUGUUUGGUGGCAAUUCUGGUACCCUGUACUUGUUUGGAAAGGUCAAAGCAGGCAGCGCAUAUCAUAGUUGUUGUGUCAUCGUGAAAAACAUGCAAAGAUGUGUUUAUGCUAUCCCAAAAGAUUCUGUUUUUGACAGCAAAACCAUAGCUGAGUUUGAGACGGAUACUCCUGAUUCUCGAAACUCAGAAGCAGCUCUCCGAACAACUCUGCAAGAGAUGGCAUCUGGAAUAAAGAGUGAAAUUGCAAAACGAUUGCUGGAUCUGAAUGUAUCAACUUUUAGCAUGGCACCGGUUAAGCGGAGCUAUGCCUUUGAGCGGUCUGAUAUUCCUACUGGUGAACAGUAUGUUGUCAAGAUCAACUACCCAUUUAAGGAUCCCCCACUUCCAGCUGAUCUUAGAGGAGAGUAUUUCCUUGCGUUGCUUGGAACAUACAGCAGUUCUUUGGAGUUGUUUCUGAUCAAAAGGAAGAUCAAGGGACCAUCAUGGUUAUCAAUUUCAAAAUUUAUGAGCUGCCCAACUGCUCAGAGGGUCAGCUGGUGCAAGUUUGAAAUACUAGUUGACUGCCCCAAAGAUAUAUGUGUCACUUCUUCAAAGACCUUGCUUGAGAUUCCUCCAGUGAUUGUUACGGCUAUAAAUUUGAAAACUGUUAUAAAUGAGAAGAGUAAUGCUAAUGAGAUAGUGACAGCUUCUGUCAUCUGCUGUCAUAAGGCAAAGAUUGACGGGCCUAUGGUUCCAUCUGAGUGGAAAAAACGGGGAACACUUACUCAUUUUUCUGUUGUCCGUAAGCUUGAAGGAGGCAUAUUUCCAAUGGGUCUUACAAAGGAAGUUUCUGAUCGAAAUUUAAGGGCUGGGGUGAACACUGUGUCAUUGGAGAGCAGUGAACGGGCAUUGCUGAAUCGCUUGAUGAUUGAACUGAACAAAUUGGAUAGUGAUAUACUUGUUGGACAUAAUAUAUCAGGAUUUGACCUUGAUGUUCUUCUUCAUCGGGCUCAGGCUUGCAAGGUGCCAAGUAGCAUGUGGUCCAAAAUUGGUCGCCUAAAGCGCUCUGUGAUGCCUAAACUCACCAAGGGAGGUGGUCUUUAUGGGUCUGGAGCUAGUCCAGGAAUUAUGUCUUGCAUUGCAGGUCGUCUCCUAUGUGAUACUUAUUUGUGUUCAAGAGACCUCUUGAAAGAGGUAAGCUACUCCUUGACUCAACUUGCAAAGACACAACUAAAUAGAGACGCAAAGGAGAUUUCUCCACAUGAUAUUCCUUCUAUGUUCCAAUCAUCAAAGACGCUUCUUGAACUGGUUGAGUAUGGUGAGAUCAAUGCCUGGCUAUCUCUGGAACUCAUGUUUCAUUUAAGUGUUCUCCCCCUCACUCGACAACUAACUAAUAUCAGCGGCAAUCUUUGGGGAAAAACACUGCAGGGUGCUAGAGCACAAAGAGUGGAAUACCUGUUAUUGCAUGCAUUUCAUGCAAAAAAAUACAUUGUGCCAGAUAAAAUUCCUGCACGUGCUAAAGAACAUAGUACAAUGAAGAGAAAAUUAACUAAUGGUGAAGAGGGGGGUGAUGAUGAUGUUGAUCAUGUCUCUCCAGACAAUGAUGCUUAUCAUGUUGAUCAAGGAAAAGGUAGAAAAGGUCCUGCCUAUGCUGGUGGCUUAGUUUUAGAGCCCAAAAAGGGCCUAUAUGACAAGUAUAUACUACUACUUGACUUCAACAGCCUUUAUCCUUCAAUAAUACAGGAGUAUAAUAUAUGCUUCACUACAGUUGAGCGAUCUCCUGAAGGUCUGGUUCCUAGUCUGCCAUCUUUGAGAACUACUGGGGUGUUGCCUGAGUUGUUGAGAAAUUUGGUCGAGAGAAGAAGAAUGGUUAAAUCAUGGCUUAAGACUGCUUCUGGUCUGAAAGUGCAGCAGCUUGAUAUUCAGCAGCAAGCAUUGAAGCUUACUGCAAACAGCAUGUAUGGUUGCUUGGGGUUUUCCAAUUCCAGAUUUUAUGCAAAACCACUCGCCGAACUGAUAACAUUGCAAGGGAGGGAAAUCUUGCAAAGUACUGUUGAUCUAGUUCAGAACAACUUGAACUUGGAGGUAAUUUAUGGGGAUACAGAUUCAAUCAUGAUUUACAGUGGGCUAGAUGACAUUGCUAAGGCAAAAGCAAUUGCGGGGAAAGUCAUCCAAGAGGUCAACAAAAAAUAUCGUUGUCUGGAGAUUGAUCUUGAUGGCUUGUACAAGAGAAUGCUUCUUUUGAAAAAGAAGAAAUAUGCGGCUGUGAAAGUGCUCUUUAAAGAUGGAAUGCCAUAUGAGGUAAUUGAACGCAAAGGUCUUGAUAUGGUUCGGCGUGAUUGGAGUUUGCUAGCAAAAGAAAUAGGAGAUUUUUGCCUCAGCCAGAUAUUAUCUGGAAGCACCUGUGAAGAAGUUGUGGAGUCCAUUCACAGUUGUCUUAUGAAGGUGCAAGAGGACAUGAGGAAUGGUGAAAUAGCACUUGAAAAGUAUGUCAUUACAAAGACACUGACAAAAGCACCAAAAGACUAUCCAGAUGCCAAAAACCAACCUCAUGUGCAGGUUGCUCUAAGAUUGAAGAAAAAUGGCUACUCAGGCUGCUCUGCUGGUGAUACGGUUCCUUAUAUCAUUUGCUGCCAGCAGGAUAGCUUGUCUGGUUCUUCUACUGGAAUAGCUCAAAGAGCUAGACAUCCUGAGGAGAUAAAAAAAGACUACAGCAAUUGGAUGAUUGACAUUGACUACUACUUGUCACAACAGAUUCAUCCUGUAGUAUCACGUCUGUGUGCUUCGAUUCAGGGCACUAGUCCAGCACGUUUAGCUGAGUGUUUAGGGCUUGAUUCAUCUAAGUUCCAAUUUAAAUCAUCUGAAUCUGUUGGCCAAGAUCCUUCCAGUGUGCUUUCAGCCAUAAUAGAUGAUGAAGAAAGGUAUCGUGGCUGUGAGCCUCUGAGGUUGUCGUGUCCCAGCUGCUCCAGUACCUUUGACUGCCCUCCUGUUUCGAGUUUACUUUCGACCAUGCACAAAGAAAGCCAAUCUGAUUCACAAGCAGAAGACCUAACAGGUGCUAACUUCUGGAAAAGAAUGCGUUGCCCAAGGUGCCCAGAUAGUAUUGAUGGAUGCGAGAUUUCUUCAGCUAUGUUAGCUAACCAGGUGAAAAGGCAAGCUGAGAGUUUCAUCUGUACGUACUACAAAGGAUUGAUGAUGUGCGAUGAUGAAAUAUGCAAAUACACCACUCGGAGUCUGAAUCUUCGGGUAAUCGGUGAUUCCGAAAGAGGAACAGUCUGCCCAAACUAUCCACGCUGCAAUGGUCACCUCAUAAGACAGUACACGGAGGCGGAUCUAUACAAGCAGCUUUCUUACUUUUGUCAUGUAUUAGAUGCUACACGGUUUCUUGAAAAGUUGGAACAAAAAGUUACGGCGCCUGUUGAGAAAGAGCUCUCCAUGAUCCGGCCAGUGGUCAGCCCGGCAGCUUCUGUGAUUCAAAAGAUCCGUGACCGGUGUUCUUACGGAUGGGUGCAGCUCGAUGACCUUUGUAUCUCCGUUUAAUUGUUUGGAUAAAUGGAUACUUUGAUCUAUUCAGUUGCAAGCAACAACUUGGCUGCCUCAUCACCGAGCUCGACAAUUUAGAAGACAUCCUGCAAUGGUCACCAUUGACAACCAUUGCCUCGUCGUCUCUGAUCAGAGAAUGGAUGGUGAUCUAAGAAUGCAGCCAGGAAGACAUUUGCUGCAAAUAAAUGGUUGAAAGUUUUACUCAGCCAGAAAGAAUUUAGCAGGGGAUCCUUCUAAGUUUUACUCAGCCUAAUCCGUGCCAUUGUUCAGAAUCCAGCUACCGGUGUUUGUAAUAUUUUUGUAGCUAUAUCAUAAUUUGCUGCCAGAUUCAAUUUUAUAACCCUACUUGAAUUUUUUUUUUGUACCUGCCUGUACUAUUUUACAUUUUCCUUGACAAGCCCUCAGUGCUCGUAACUUUGGCAUUGGGUAAUCUUCCCUCAUGGAGUGCCAAAAAAACAAUAUAAAACAAGACCCUGAGCUGGCUUGCCCCUUGUUCCACCA